AUGGAUCCAGCGGCCAGCAGCUGCAUGAGGGGUCCCCACCCCCCGGCCCCCGUCUGGGGCUGCCUUCGAAACCCCCACUCGGAAGGCACUGGGGCCUCAGGGCUCCCCCACUACCCGCCAACCCCAUUCUCCUUCCACCAGAAACCAGACUUCCCAGCAACAGCGACAGCUGCGUACCCCGACUUCUCAGCCUCCUGCCUGGCGGCCACCCCACACAGCCUGCCCCGGGAGGAGCGAGGCUUCACUGAGCAGCACCCCGCCUUCCCACAGUCCCCCGACUGGCACUUCCCUGUCUCGGAGGCCCGGCGUAGGCUCAACCCAGGCCCCGCGGGGGGCUCCAAGGAGAUAGGGGCCAGCAGCCCCGGCCUGGUGGACACCACGGGAGGCCCAGGCGAGGACUAUGAGGUCCUUGGGAGCACUGCCAACGAGAUGGAGAAGAAGACAACCAGACGGAAAAAGGAGAAUUCAGACAACCAGGAGAAUCGAGCAAAGCCAGAGGGCGCCAGCAAGGCCCGCAAGGAGCGGACAGCCUUCACCAAGGAGCAGCUGCGGGAGCUCGAGGCUGAGUUUGCUCAUCACAACUACCUGACCCGGCUCCGCAGAUAUGAGAUCGCGGUAAACCUGGACCUCUCCGAGCGGCAGGUCAAAGUGUGGUUCCAGAACCGAAGGAUGAAGUGGAAGCGCGUGAAGGGGGGUCAGCCCAUUUCCCCCCACGGGCAGGACCCCGAGGAUGGGGACUCUGCCGCCUCUCCAAGUUCAGAGUGA